UGGUGCGUGUGUAUGUGUGUGUGUGUGGUGUGUUCCGUGUCGCCUCGCGGUGGGGUGUAGUGGAUUCAGCUUCACAACAAUUUAUCCUCUGGCUUCACUCGCCGUUUUGUAUUGUGUUCCGAUGUUGUGUUCAUAUUUCAUUGUUCAGUACUGAUACUGAGAUUGCAACGUUUUUUUAAAUUUUAUAAAUCAACAGGCUUUUAUUAUAAUUAUUCCAAGGAGUACAUUAAAUUCACGGACGGAUUUAUUUAUUGUGAAUUGUGAUUGGCGGUUCAGAAUAUUAGCAUUAUGCUAACUCUUCAGGUCGCGUUGAUGGGAUAGAAACACUGACCUAUGACCUCUGUCUGCUCUGGCCCACACGUGAGGAUUUUGCUUUAUUACGCCUGCCUAAUCAACUCUUUAUGAGAGGAAAGACUGUCUGUUAUAACAAAAAUAAGAAUCCAAGACGUCACGACCGGAUAUUACCUGAAAGUUUGACCUCAACUUUUAUGAUGACCAGCCGCUGCACAAGUCUGUUGUACUACUCUGACCAACACCCAAAAGUUACAACCCCCAGCGCUCCUCGCUCUUGGCCGUGCGCGUGAAUUAAGCACGUGCAUUGUCCAGGCCCGUGAGUACGGGCGGCAGGUGGGGGAGGAGAGAGUGAGGGAGAGGAGGGGUACUGAGGAGGGGAAAGGAUGUCUCGUCGGAAGCAGUCGAACCCGAAGCCUAUCAAACAUGACGAGGAAGAAGAUAUGGACUCUGGAGGGCGGUCACGUGAUCCCGACGUUGCCAUGAUGACAGUAGGAGACCAAGAGGACAGCAAUGUCGUGACGAAUGGAAGCGCCUUUCAUUCCCUUUCAAAACCGAACAUGACACCAGGUAACGAAGAUCCUACAGAGGAAAUUGCCCACAGCAACAAGGUUUACGUGAAGGUAGAAUGCGCUGAGGAAGGAGAUGAGAGGAGUUUUGGUCACUGGCAGGAUGAGAGAGCAAUUUUAUCUAACAACGUAGAGGAAACUGCUGAUUCUGUGAACGGUGAGGAUAGGAAUGACAACUCCCCGUCGGACCCCACCAUGUCAGCAUUUGAUGACCCUGCUUCUGAUAAAGCAGAUCGAGAAGAAAGGGAAACUUCACAACGUCAUAUAGAGGAAGAGACCAACGGGAUUGAUGGCACUGAAAUUGAAGUCAAAACCGAGCCUAACGCCAGUCCGUCUUCGCCCUUAGCUCACCACAGUAACAACAAACUGCCAGACAUCAAUGCCUCCUCUUCGUCUUCCUCGCCCUCAUCGUCGAAUUACACCCCGAAACACAAAAGAGGACAGCGAUCUCGAUCUCGAUCCAGAUCUAAGUCUGGCGGUGCUGCCAACUCCCCGGAGAGCCGCCCACCAACGACCAGUCGUCAGUCACGAGAGAAGGCGGAGCAAGCGCUUGUCAAUCAACUGCAGCUCCCUAGUGACGUUCUGUACUUGAAGCAGCAAGAGAUGAUCGUCCACGGGAACCGCAGCAUCGGCUGGGUCGUCUGCUGCGCCAUUCCACUUCCGCAAGGCUCGUCCUUGGGACCGUUUCAAGGUCAGCUCGUGUCGUCCGAAGCCGUCAAAGUUGGAGAUCUUAUAGUUCAAUUCACGAACAAGAAAGGACAUCAGGCAUUGAUGAACGUUGCCGGGCAGUCUGGAGGGUGGCUCGCUCUGCUGCGUUCAACUGUGUCCCCGUCAGAACGCAACACACACGUAUAUUGGGAAGGUGGGCGAAUCUGGUGCGAAAUCAUCGCUGACAUUGACAUUGGAACAGAACUACGGGCUUCCUUCUCUUUUCAAAACGAUGAUGAUGUCGACGACGAAGAUGAGAGUAACGAGACAAUGGAAGACGUGGAAAGCGCAGCAAACGACGUAAAGGAGAACGGCGAACCCUCUUCCGGGGAGGAGGGAAGAAAUGUGUCUGGGACCCAACAGCAGCAGCAUCAGCAACAGCAUCAACAGCAGCAGCAGCAGCAGCAGCAGCAGCAUCAGCAACAGCAACAUCAAGCUACCCCAGGCCAUGGUAUGGGCAAGUUGACUGCAUGAGUGUUUACUGUUUGAUUGGCGUGAUUGAUUAUCAGUUACUUGCACUUUUUCCCCUGGCGAUAAAAGUAUGCGAUAGAACCAGACAUAAAAGGGGAUAAUACUCGAUAAGAAAAAUUAGUUGAGGUAGAAGAAAGGAGGAGGAGGAGAAGAAGAAGGAGAAGGAGAAGGAGAAGGAGA